AUGCUGCCUACUCAAAAAGAGCCUCGCGGCAUCGCUGGUGAUGGGUCGGCUUUGGGACUUGAGGGUCACCUCCGAAACCUGAUUCUCACAAACGCCAAUCCAAACCUCAGCCCGGCUCCCUUUAUGUCUGCAGACACUCGCCCUCAAGUCGCAGCACCACACCCGCCUUCAAUGCCCGGCAUGCAACCAAGUUCUUCAAUGAAUUGGAGACAGCAACAUGCCAAUUCCAAUUAUUCGGCAAACCAGAUGGCCUUUGACACCACAUCCCAGCAGGGGCACCCUUCCCCAAAGGCCGGCCGGAAGCGCCCAAAUCAAGCUCAGCGGCGACAGAUGGCAUCUCAGUUUGCAAUCGCCCCUGAGUCGCCGCCACAGGUCCCUCAGUAUCCCCAUACAGCCAGGCCCAAUUCCCAAUGGACAGCUUCGCAGCCUCAAGCUUGGCCAGUGCCAAGGGCCUCAGAAUUCGACCGUCCGCGUAACUCAUGGAACGGUCCUCCACAAUCGCCUGCAAAUAGGUCUGCGUACCAACAUUCGCCGUCAGCGAGGCCGUUUAAUACAGGACCAUCUCACAGUGCGCACCAGAGCACAGGAUCAAUCUACAAUCAUAGCCAUCGACGUUCUUACGUUCGGCCAGAGGAAAUCGCAAACCAAGCCCGUCUACUGGACGAACUUUCCCACCAAGUCGUAGCUCAUUCCGAAAUCGACAGGUCUGAGAUAGCGGGGAAAGAAGCCUUUCGGCAGCGAAUAGAACAAAUUUGUCGUGAGGUUAUCUGCCGGUUUGAGGAACAGCAAGGCACAGGCAAUCAGAUCCCACCAUAUUCUGUGGAAUUAAGGUGUUUCGGCAGCCUUUCUUCUGGAUUUGCCACAAAAGCUUCGGAUUUGGAUCUCGGUCUCGUAUCACCUCUAUCUAGGUUUCCGCCUGAUGCCCCUGGAUCUCCCAUACCUCGCCUAAUUGAAAAGGCAUUCUUAGAAGCUGGUCUCGGCGCGAGGCUUCUGAGCCGUACUAGAGUUCCAAUUAUCAAACUUUGCGAGCUCCCCCCUGAGAAUCUCCUCAAAGGCCUCUUGGAAGAGCGGGAGAAAUGGGAACGCGGUAUUGACAACGAUGCGCAACCCGGAGCCACCGAAGCUGAGCAUGAUAACGAUGGCUCUAAUCAUGGUGGCGAUGAUGAUGUUCACACACAUAGCGGAGCAGCUGAUGCUGGAUCAGACUCUGUGGGCGAAUUUGAGAUUAUCUGUAAGGAUUCUGGCGAGACGCGGCGCUUUCAACUCCAACAAGGACCCAAACAUUCUCUUGAUUCCUACUAUGGCCUAGCCAAGCGUGUUUUGCGAAGGGCUGGGGGGUAUGACGCUACCGCCUCGAAUUGGAGAGACCUUACCGAGUCCGACUGGGAUAUUCUAAAUAGAGUCUGCUAUGCAUUUAUCCAAGGUCUUGCUGAUGCCUCUUUGCGAGAUCGUAUUGCUUCAUUUCCUUCCAUCUCGGCAGCAGGGAUUCUCCCAAACGCAGCUUGCCGCCGCUCGUUGUCAGGGAUAUUUCUGCAAAUAGAAGGAGAAGAUAUAAUACGCCGAUGGGAUUCAUGGAGCGAGGGCCGUCCACUAAAACAGGUUGAAGAUGGUAGACUCAUCGCACAGUGGGAGGCUUUGCAGUCAAGGCAGCUCUCAGAUAUCGAGCCCGUUUCGUAUAAUAGGGACCUUCACCUGGCUCUCGAGAAACUCAAAAAGAUACCGUCUAUGCAGCUACUGCUGCUCCAGCAAGACCAGCAAGAGACUCCAGCACAGUACAACAUCCGCGUCACAAGCAUCAUAAGUAAUAUAGGACCUUACCAUGAAAGCUCCUUUUCCGCAGCGCAGGAAGCUAUAAUUAGUCAGUACGUGGCUGGAGUGUUUCAUGAAGAGAUACGUACUCAAUUGAGCGAUUAUAUACGACAAUUCCCGGAGCAGAGGACCAUCCAAGCAGUGGGAUGUCGCCAUAAAAGCAUUCAUUUGGUCAAUGAGUUAAAGAAAGCUGUUGAAAAUAAUCUAUACGAAGAAGCUUCUGUGCCAGAUAUCACGCGGUAUAUUGAGCUGCUGCAGCAGCCGCUACAGAAAAGAACGAUCAAGCCCGGGAAAUUAUGUUAUAUCAUACCUGCCCCCGCUGACCUCUCUUCUACAUUUGCCAAGAUCCAGUCUCUAACUGAUCCUCAUAAAAUGGCGCCAAAUCAACCUCGUGACAGAUAUCGAGAUCCGCUGGAGUUUCCUAAAUCAGAUGCAGGGGUACAAUGCGAUAUCAAUUUCUCUGCGCACUUGGCUCUUCAAAACACACUUUUGCUGCGGUGCUAUUCGCAUACGGAUCCACGAGUCCGACCCAUGGUCCUAUUCAUCAAACACUGGGCUAAAGUGCGAGGCAUCAACUCUGGAUACCGCGGUACUCUAAGUAGUUACGGCUAUGUUUUGAUGGCCCUGCAUUAUCUGGUCAACGUUGUACAGCCUUUUGUUUGCCCAAAUCUCCAACAGCUUGCACCAAUACCUCCCAAUAACUUGUCGCCAGCCGAAAUAGAAUCUACCAUAACUUGUCGAGGCUACGACGUUCAAUUCUGGAGAAAUGAAGAAGAAAUCGUAAGAUUGGCAUCUCAUAACCAGCUAAAUCGGAAUACAGAAAGCAUUGGGCACCUACUAAGGGGAUUCUUCGAGUAUUAUGCUCAAAAUGGCAUGAUGAGCAAUGGUAUUGGUAAAGGAUUUGAUUGGGGCCGAAAUGUCAUCAGCCUCCGAACAUACGGAGGUAUCCUGACAAAGCAAGAAAAAGGGUGGACGGGAGCAAAGACUGUUUAUGAAGUUCAAAAGGCAACUGGCGACACAGCUACUGCAGCAAGUCCUUUGCCGCCGAAUGUUCAACCUCAGGUAGCUCCACAAGCCACUAAGGGUGGGGAGGUCAAAGAGAUUCGACUCCGAUAUCUCUUUGCUAUCGAAGAUCCGUUUGAGACGGAUCACAAUGUGGCACGGACCGUGACACACAAUGGCAUUGUAUCGAUCCGUAACGAGUUCCGCCGGGCUUGGAAGAUCCUUCGCGCUGCUGGCAAUGGAGACAUCCAGGAGAACCUGAUUCAAGAUGUUGAAAGCCAGGAAGAGCUUUCUGCCACAUUUUUGCAAUUACUUCAAGACAUACACGGACCUACUCCAGCUUGA